AUAGCCCCUCAGUUUAGUUACUGGCGUGAGAUCAUCGGGUUAGGUUGUGUUGCUGCUGAAGCAUUGCGCGAUCAUUUUAUUGUUUUUGUUGUGAAAAUACGUGAGCGGUUCGAUACGGUGUUGCGUCGUUUAAAUUUUGGCGGUUCAGUUUCAGCUCGAGUUCUUUAGCAGCGAGAAGUGUACCCAGUGUUAUUUGUGUAUUGGCAAGCUCAAAACAGUUGUCAGCCCUAUUUAUUCCACAACUGGCAUCGGUUACGGAGGGAUAAUCAACGCAGAAGCUGAUUAAUAAAACUGUGAAGCUGUACCGGACAUAAACAAGGAGAACAAAAAAGUGCGGUCCAUCGAUGAGUCAGAUUGUCAGUUUGUAAAUUCAUAUCACAGUGCCUUGUUCGCAGCUACCAUUUACAACUACACAGUCGACCGUUUUCCCCCGCGAUGGGAUGCGACUGUGAAUCAUGCAUAGCAAAAUCGCUACUGUCAGUGUUCAACUUUGUGUUCUUCGUUCUCGGCUCGAUUGUUCUUGGUGUGGGAAUAUGGCUUGUGGCAGACAAAUCAUCGUUCGUAGCACUACUGAAAAUGGUUGAAAGUGACCAACUGGAGCACUUCACGCAGCCAGCAGUGAUAGAGCAACUCGCGUAUUUUUUAAUCGCGAUAGGGGCAGUGAUGUUCUUCCUGAGCUUCCUCGGGUACUGCGGAGCGCUGCGGGAAAGCCAAUGUCUACUGACGACAUACGGACUAUUUCUGUUGGUGAUAUUGAUUCUUGAGGUGACUGCAUGUGGCCUAGCGGUGGCUUACAAGGACCGUGCCAAAACGGAGACCAAGAACUACUUGCAGACGACAAUUUCCAAGUACUACUCGAGCAACGACCGUAACCAGUCCGAUGCCGUCACGUUGAUGUGGAACUAUCUGAUGUCCGAGAUGCACUGCUGUGGGGUAGAGGACUACCGUGAUUUUAGUUUGUCGGACAAGUGGAUCGACAGCAAGGGCAACCGCGUCGUUCCGGAGGCAUGCUGUGUGCAAACUGCCCUAUUUGAGCCACAGGACAAAAACUGUCCCUUCUCGCCUUCGGACAGUAAUAGCUACUACAAACAGGGUUGUUAUAACGCACUAAUUGACUGGAUCAUGUACAACCGAAACCUGGUCAUCAUUGUGGCUAUCGGGGUUGGCCUGGUGCAGCUGGUUGCGAUAUUCCUAGCAUUUUGUUUAUGCAAAGCCAUCGAAAAAUAUCGGGGAAUGCGACUAUGAGGGAAAUCAGUUGUAAUUCUCGUCAAGUGUUAGAAACAAUCAGAAAAGACAUUUCGGAUGCAAUCAAAAACCAAAAUCAAAAUUAUAUGAGGAGAGAUAUAAGCAAAGCGAGACAGAUCACACUACGUUCAAACGAUGUUACACUAGGUCCUUAAGAUAAGAGUAAACUGUUCGGCCGGAGAAAGGUAGUCGAACGUAUAAGUGCACCUUAGGCUAAAGCAGAAGCCGUUUUGUUGGUCGGUACAAUCACUUGAGACAAAGUCAUUCACAAAAGUAGCAGCUAAGUUUUCGGAAAGCGAAAAAAUGCUUUCUAUUUCGCAAAACAGAUACUUUUACGUUUUUAUUCAGCUUGGAAUGGCUGUACAAUGCUGUAAACUGAUAUUUUAUGUUUUCGCUUUAUUGAUUACUCGAUCAUCAUAAGCUUUGUAAUAUGAACUCGACUAUUCGGUUUUAUAGUUACGAUAAUCAGUUGUUUUUUGUUUAAAUAUUAAGAAAAUAAAUACAAUAAUUUAAUAAGAUAUACAAA